AUGUUAAGCACAUCGCCAACUGACACUAAAAUGGAAGCCAAAACCCCCAGCUUGGGUAUAAAGUUGCGCCGAUGGUGUAGAAGUCGCCGCUGUCAAUUGUGGAGAUUACUGCUUCUGCCAUUCAUCCCUAUUCUCGCCCUAAUCGUGCAAACUACGCUGUCCUUGAAGAAUAGUCUUACUAACGGAAGAGAGGUGGCUGAUGUGGAAGAACAGGUCAGCCGAGCAACCGAACUCGGAAAACUGGUGACCAGGCUUCAACAGGAGCGAUCAGAAGUUGCAUUUUUUAUCUUUACUAACGGCAGCACGUUGCGGUCAAAUCUAACACAGCGGUUUGCUGACACAGAUAGUGCAGUGCAGCAGAUGGGUGACCUGCCUGUGCUUGUCUUCAAGAAUCGAUCCAAGCCAGUGGACGGCAACUCUUUCCUAGCCGAACUUUCAGCUUUAAGGCGUGCCGCCCCCAUAGACAAGAGACGACUUCAUUCAAAAGACACGUCUUGUCUCCGUUUAAUUUGGGAUUUAAAAUAG